UCUUCUCGAGAAUGAUGCAAUAUGCAUCUAAUAUCCGUUCUGCAUAGGAGACAUCUUUCAGUCCGCCUGAAGCUCAGCCGUCACUCUCAAGGGCUGCGUUUGCACGUUCAUUAUAGCUUGUGUGUUGCACACGUGUGUAGUAUGUAGCAGGCGAUCCCCCAACCACCCGGCGCCCCACCGGUUGAUUUUGAUCAGGUAUCGGGAUCACGUCCUUCUCUGCACUCCCUUGCGAAACUUUCUUCGCAUCGAAGCAGAGAAAGGGAAGGGGGUUUAGAACUCGAGAUCUCCGCUCCAGAAGAGAGAGAUGGAUCAGAUACUGAACAAGGUUGGGAGCUACUGGUUCAACAAGAGGGCCAGCAAGGAGAUCUCUUCCGUCGGCGACGACAUCAACUCACUUUCUAGCAGCAUUGAAGGGGGAACAAAAUGGUUGGUCAAUAAAAUCAAAGGAAAGAUGCAGAAACCCCUGCCUGAUCUGCUGCGGGAGUAUGAUUUGCCAGCGGGCCUCUUCCCUCGGGAUGCCACCAACUAUGAGUUCAACGAAGAGACAGGGAAGCUUACUGUGUUCAUACCUUCCAUAUGUGAGGUUGGUUACAAGGACUCCUCGGUCUUGCGUUUUUUCACUAGCGUGACUGGAUAUCUAGAGAAGGGGAAGCUGGCGGACAUCGAGGGGAUGAAGACCAAAAUUUUGAUUUGGGCAAAAGUGACUUGCAUCACAACUGAGGGAUCAAAGGUCCAUUUUACCACCAGCAUGAAGAAAACCCGGAGCCGAGAUGCAUACGAAGUCCUCAGAGAUGGUAUCAUUGUAGACAAGUUCUAAGUUGCUAUUGAAAUUGCUCUUUGUGGUGAACUACCAAUGCGAGCUAGGGUUUGUGACUGGAUAUCUAGGGGAAGUGUAGUUUUUUAACUUACAAAUGUGUGAUACUUAUGAUAUUCACCCUCUCAAUCACCUCCAAAGGUUUCAUGAACUUUGCUGGAUUCUAGUGCUGCCUAUCAUCAGUGGUGGGGGUGAGAUUUGUUGUUGCCUUGACUCCAGUUUCCUGCUAAUGUUCUUUUACUAA